AUGGAACCUCUGACUUUGUUCAUCGGAAUCAUAGGGAAUGUCAUCUCAGUGCUCAUGUUCCUCUCCCCAGCGGGGACGUUUUGGAGAAUAGUGAAGAACCGUUCCACAGAAGAUUUCGAGAGCCUGCCUUACAUCUGCACGCUGCUGAAUGCUUCCUUGUGGACGUAUUACGGCAUCAUCAAGCCCGGAGCUUACCUGGUCGCCACCGUCAAUGGCUUCGGCAUCGUCGUCGAGAUCGCCUACGUGGCACUCUUCCUCUCUUACGCGCCCCGCAAAAUGAAGGUGAAGACGGGAACCCUGGUGGGGAUUCUGAACGUAGGGUUUCUAGCAGCAGCAAUGGGGGUUACGUGGGUUGCGUUGGAAGGAGAAGGCAGAAUCGAUGCCAUUGGGUUCAUUAGCUCCGUCUUGAACAUCGUCAUGUACGGCUCACCUUUGGCUGCCAUGAAAACAGUGGUGACAAGCAAGAGUGUGGAGUACAUGCCCUUCUUGCUCUCCUUCUUCCUCUCCUUGAAUGGUGGGAUUUGGACAUUCUAUGCUUUCCUCACCAAAGAUCUCUUCCUUGGGGUCCCCAAUGGAACAGGGUUCUUGCUUGGAGCAGCACAACUCAUCAUUUUCGCCAUGUUCAGAAACGCCAAGCCAUCCACCACUACUGCUCUUUGGAACACUAAUAGUACUAGCUAUGGAACCCUGGAAGAAGGAGGGCAUAUUGAGCCCUUAAUUUCCAUACCCGACCAAGAAAUUCGUUUGAUUAGAGGCUAA